ACAGACCAAAUAUUAAGCAGCAAGAAGACAUUGCAACAUUUUGCUAACAACUACAACGUAUGAAAUGAAAUGUUUCUUAACCUGAAUAUAAUUGUCCACGCGUCAUUCGGGUGAGGAUAGGGCACAUCUUAUCCCUUCCUUUUAUAUAUUUGGACUGUGGAUAGCAAACCUAAGCUAGGCUCUGCUUCAAGUAACUCUCCGCAACCAUGGCUUCGUGUACCACCCCUUCGUCUCUUAUGCUCGCACACCCUCAAGACUUAUCUUCUUCUCUUCGCUCCUUCUCCUACAAGCCCCUCUCUAGAACCUUCUACCCUCUCGUUUUGAAGCCCGGUAAGUGGCUCCAUCUCAGUUUCCAUGGAGAACCCAAAUCCAAGUCUUGUCAUGCCCUUGUCGCUGCUUUGGCUACUGAGGUCGAGGUCGCCGAAACUGUGGAGGAGAAGGAGGAGGGAGAGGAGGGUGAUGAUGGGUCUUCCGCCACCAACACUGUCACCACCACCAAGCCUAAGAAAGGCAAGGCUGCAUUGCCUCUCAAGAGGGACAGGACGAGAUCUAAGAGGUUCUUGGAAAUUCAGCAAUUGAGGGAGCGUAAGAAAGAUUAUGACUUGAAGACAGCAAUAUCUUUGGUUAAAGAAACAGCUAAAACAAAGUUUGUAGAAACAGUAGAAGCCCAUUUCCGCCUCAACAUUGACCCUAAGUAUAAUGAUCAACAGUUAAGAGCGACGGUAAAUUUGCCAAAGGGAACUGGAAAGCCCGUUAAAGUGGCUGUUCUUACUCAAGGUGAAAAAUUCGAUGAAGCAAAAAAUGCAGGAGCUGAUUUGGUGGGUGGAGAGGACCUGAUAGAACAGAUAAAAGGAGGAUUCAUGGAGUUUGAUAAACUAAUUGCUUCUCCAGAUAUGAUGCCUAAGGUUGCUAGCCUAGGGAAGAUUCUGGGGCCAAGAGGACUGAUGCCAAAUCCAAAAGCUGGCACUGUAACAGCUAAUAUUCCUCAGGCUAUAGCUGAAUUCAAGCAGGGAAAAGUUGAAUACAGGGCUGAUAAGACUGGAAUAGUGCACUUACCUUUUGGAAAAGCUGAUUUUCCUGAAGAGGAUCUUCUAGUAAACUUGCUUGCUGCAGUAAAAUCAGUAGAGACCAACAAACCAUCGGGUGCUAAAGGUGUGUAUUGGAAAAGUGCCCACAUAUGCUCAGCAAUGGGUCCUUCAGUCAGGUUAAAUAUCAGGGAGAUGCUUGAUUACAGGCUUCCAUCAGAAUAGACCCUUCACCUGUAAAUGCACGUUUGGAUUUAGUCAACAAUCUGAGGUGCCAUGUUCAGAUCUUGCCAAAUAUUUAGUCAAAGAUGUUACCAAAGUUACAUACAGGGAUGAAAAGGGGAUACUUUGAUGCUUAUAUCUCUUCAAAAUCUGCACCAAAAGUUUGCAGACUACAUAGUCUUUGACCCCGGCUGAAGAUUUUACCUUGUAUUACUUUGUAACUAACACCGGAGAUCUAAUUAUAUUUUCUUCCGUGGGAAUAAAUUUUCUUUUUU